UGAGUGACGCAAGGGCACCACAGGACUAGAAAGAGAGCAGGCACGCAGAACACACUGACAUUUCAGGCACACAGUGAUCUGACCGACCAACACAAGAGAGAAAUCUCAAAAGAUUGAUAUUGAAGGAGAAAGACCAGAGAUCUAGGUACAUCAAGGCUCUGCUGGCUGAAUAGAAUGGAUUACGCCAAGAAGUCUCUCAAUCUGUUCUCACCUUCUCUCUCCAACAUAUCUACCAGAUGUGUAGCAGCCAGUGCAUCUGUCCUGCCCAGUUUUAACCCGCGCCCCAGACCGUUCCGUGUCACCAACUCAGACCGCUCUGUAAAAAAAGGCAUUAUGGCAGAUGGACUGAGAGACUUAAUGAACAAGACAAUGGAUGCGUUCAGUGUGUCGUGCAUAGCAGGCCUGGUGCUGGACGAAGAUGGGACAGGAAUAGACACAGAGGACUUCUUCAAGACCCUCAAGGACAGCACUAGGCUAAUGGUCUUGGAGAAAGGACAGAAGUGGAUGCCUCAGCAGAGUGGUAAAUCAUGGGGUCAAGCUGCAGAACGCAGGACACAGCAUAGGAAGGACCUGGCCAAACUGACCCUUGACUUUUAUAAAAACCAUCCAAAGGAAUUCAUUGGCUGCCUGAAUGUACAGAUGACUCUCUAUGGGAUGUACUCUUUGUCAUAUGACCUGCAGUGCUACCAUGCCAAGAGGAUGUUGAGGGAGGCUCUACGAUGGACUCUGUUCAGCAUGCAGGCCACUGGCCAUGUUUUAUUGGGUACUUCAUACUAUAUGCAACAUCUUAUUGAUGAGGAUGAGAAAGCUGAGGUACAACUGACUGCUUGCCAAAACACAAACAAACCAUUACAGGCCAUUCAGUGGAAGAAAACUGCAGCUGACCACAAAAACUAGAAACUAGAAACCUGGGAGUUUGAAAGCUUUGUUUUUUGACCAAUCAAAUGGCCUGGAAACCAUUGUACCAUUAUGUUACCUAUGUUAUUGGACUGUAUGUUACUGGACUAUAUUCACAGAACCAUACAUGCCAUACUUUCUUUCAAAAGAAGGGUCUUUGGAUUUAACCAGGAAUCCAUUGUACCUGGUAUGUUUUGCUAUUUGCACAUGUCUGUUUAACAAUGGAAUUAUUCAUAUUUAUUCAUAUUUCUAACUGCUAAGAAUUACUUACAUUUUGUAUUGAUAUUGAUUGUUGUGCCUAUUGUAUUAUUUCCAUGAACUUGAAUUAAAUAUUGAGUUUUAAAGCUUC